AUGGGAUGGCACCGCCGUACCCUCAAUCUGCGCAACACGCGGAUCCUCCCCUUCUUCGUGUCACUCCUCAUUGCCAAUAUUUUGCAAGCGAUUGGGACUCUCAUCAACGGCAAGUGGGCGGUAGACGGCAUCGUCGUCGAUGGCCCGCUCUGCCACGCCCAGGGCGGCAUCAAGCAGGCUGGAAACGUUGGCAUGGCUCUCUGGUCUUUUACGCUUUCACUACACGUCUUUAUGUUGCUGUUCUUCCGCGUCGCUUUGACGAAGACACUCUCGUGGAUGCUGCUCUUCACUGGCUGGUAUCUGGUCGCUUUCAUCGUUAUCAUUGGUCCCUCUGCAGUCGAAAGGCCCGAACGAGGACCAUAUUUUGGACCGACCGGCUACUGGUGCUGGAUUACAUCGGGAUACCCGCACCAGCAGUUCUACUUCGAGUAUUUCUUGGAGUUCUUGUCCGCAGGACUAUCGUUCUUCCUUUAUGCCGCAGUCCUGCUUCGCGUACGUGGAAAUCUUGUGAAGACUAGCGGCCGCUGGUGUCUGCGCUUCGUCCCUCACGGCGAGCGGUGGGUGCUCGCAAUCAGGCGGGACGCCGUCGACGGCUACAUGAUGCACGUCGUUGCGCGCAUGGUCUGGUACCCCGUGGCGUAUACCAUUCUUCUCCUACCAGUGACAAUCGCCCGCUUCGUAAUGUUCAGCGGGCGUAACGUGCCCUUCGGAGCGACUAUAUUCGCAGACUUCGUCUUCAACCUCCAGGGCGUCGCAAACGUGAUCCUUUUGCUCGCGACGCGCCGGCUUCUACCAGACACUGAGACACUCCCGAUUUUCUCCCCACGCAAGCGUGUGAGUGUAUCCUCGCCCGAAGCGUUCGGCAUCACGCCGUUCGUGCUCCCACCGCCGGAGGUGGCGAUAUCGGCGAACGUGGCUAGGGCGCCCGCGGGCGCAGAGCUUGGCUGGAAGCCCGAGGACGACGAGAUGGCGACGAGGCCGAUAUAUAUAUUCCUGUAUCCUACUUGUAUUCACGGGACACUGGUGGACUCGUGCCUCUUCCUCUUUGGUUCUUGA